CGCAUGCGCAAUCAGAACACCGAAACACAUGAAAGUAGCGCAGCAUUGCUCUGCUAACGUGUAAAAAGGUUUUUGUGUUUUGCAGGUUAAAAUGGAUCCACAGAAAGAUCUACAGCCCCCCAAGCAGCAGCCUAUGAUCUACAUCUGUGGAGAAUGUCACACGGAAAAUGAAAUUAAAGCUCGUGAUCCCAUCAGAUGCAGAGAGUGUGGUUACAGGAUCAUGUACAAGAAGAGAACGAAGAGAUUGGUUGUUUUUGAUGCCCGAUGAAGAAGAGGACGACAUGUGCAGAUUGGACUUCUGUUUUUGUUUACUAUUUUUGUAGUGUGUGUGUGUGUGUGUGUGUGUGUGUGUGUGUGUGUGUGUGUGUGUGUGUGUGUGUGUGUGUGUGUGUGUGUGUGUGUGUGUGUGUGUGUGUGUGUGUGUGUGUGAGUGAGUGAGAGGGAGAUCAUUUAAAUAAACAGACAUUGAGCAUGGCUUCAGGUGUCUAUGCUUCCAUCUUUACACAAAUGAUCCUUUUGUGUCAUUUUCCCUCCAUGAUGUAUGAAAGUUGGGAUUAAUUAAAAACAUAAUUAGAAUUGGA